AUGAGCACUUUCGCCAACCCAGUUCUAUCUGGCUUCAACCCAGACCCAUCCGUCAUUCGCGUUGGCAAUGACUACUUCUGCGUCACCUCAUCAUUUGAGUACUUCCCUGGGGCGCCCAUUUACCACAGCAAGGACCUCAUCAAAUGGAGACUGAUCGGUCAUGCACUCACGCGCAAGUCCCAACUCGAUAUCAGGACUCCUGAGCCAGGAGGUGGUGUCUGGGCAACGACCAUCCGUUACCACAAGGGUACCUUCUACAUAAUCACCAACUCUUUUGAUCGAUACAGGCCGCAGAGUGACGAUCGCGUUUGGCCGCGUGGCUUCUACGUCAAAACCACCAACAUCUGGAACGAGAGCUCGUGGUCUGAUCCCGUGUAUUUUGAUCAAGUCGGUUUCGACUUCGAUCUCUUCUGGGAUGACGAUGGUCAGGUAUAUCUCUCUUCGACCUACCGAAGAGUUGAUCGCUCUCCCGAUUCGAAACUGAAAGACUUUGCGAUCCACGUAUCUACCAUUGAUCUUGCUUCUGGUACCUUGAAGUCCACCCCCAAGAUGAUCCGGGAAUCAGAGUCCGGUAUCGCUGAAGGCUCCCAUCUAUUCAAGCUGAACGGCUACUAUUAUCUGUUUACAGCGGAAGGAGGCACGGAGUCUGGACACUGCGAGUAUGUAAGCCGGAGUCGUGAAAGUCCUUUCGGACCUUGGGAGCAAGCACCACACAAUCCGCUUUGGCGCAACACAACGGAUGACGAGGUCCAGAACACUGGCCAUUGCGAUAUUGUUGAGGAUUCUCAAGGCCAGUGGUGGGCCAUGUGCUUAGGUGUGCGGCCGAAGAAGGAAGGUGCUGAAUGGCGAACUUCAGUUUUUGGACGCGAAUCCAUGCUACUUCCAGUUCGUUGGGAAAAUGACUGGCCCAUAUUCAACGAAGGCAAGCCAGUCACCUUGCAAAUGAGCGGACCAAACAAGUACAUGCUUGAUGAAGACAAGGCUUGGAAGGACGAUUUCAGCGGAGUGAGACUCGGCCUUGGGUGGUACAGGAAGAAUACACCCGUGAGGAAAGACUACUCAAUGACAGCUCGACAUGAUUACCUUACUUUGAAUGGUGGUCCAUACACGCUAUCGAUGCCCGCGUGUCCAACGCUAUUUCUGCGAAAGCAAAGGCAUUGGCCGGUAGUGUGGGAGACUCAACUGGAUUUCCAACCCGAUGUCACGCGCGUUGAGGCCGGAACGGUAUUAUGGUGGAAUCAUACUUGCUACGCCAGGAUCGGCAUUGCACUUGCAGAUCGCAACGGUCAAUCGCAACGAGUGAUUCGACUUACUCGACCUGAUAUGGAGCCUGUGGAGCGAGUUAUUUCAGAGAAGGGAGAAGUGAAGCUCAUCAUUGACAGCACACCCCAAAGCUAUCGAUUUGGUUACCUGGAGAUCAAUGAAGCAACGCAGCAGAAAGCUGAGUGGACAUGGGUAGGCGACAUUGAUACUCAGAUCAUGACGCGCAACCCUCAUAUCGGCCAGCCUUUCACCGGCAUGAUGAUGGGACUUUACGCUUAUGGCGAACUGCAGCCUGUAUUGACUCCGGCGCAUUUCGCUUAUGCUGAGUUCCGAUAG